ACGCACGGACAGUACGCGCGCGUGUGCGUGUGUCUUCCACCCUCCUGCCUUCUCUGCAUCUGACAGUGUCCCUCCCUCUUUCUUUCUCUCCUCCUCCUCCUCGCUCUCUCAUUAGGCUUCACACCGGCAAAACACCGACGCACUCUCUUUCCCUUAACCCGGAGAAUAAACACGGAGCGGCGGCUGGAGCAGCAUUGACCUCCCCCCUCCUCCCGGUGCGCACCAUCCAUGGUCCUCCACUGGAUGUCUGUCUGUCUGACAGGACGGUUGGUGUUACUUUGCUGAAGCGACAGAGGAAGGCCCGGAGGUGAAGAGAACAAGCUAGGGGUCCUCCCAGACAGCAGGGGGCAGCGGCAGGCAUGCAGGACUCAGCCUCUGACAGCAAGAUGGCAAAACAGGAGCAGAACUCCAAGCACCUCGACGAGCACAGAGAAACAGAUGACAUGUCUGAGAAAACAUCACCAAACAAGAACCUCAAAUCUCCCCAAAAGGGCUCCAAACGACUGAAAACUGCCCCCUUCAAAGUGACCCUGCUGGAUUCCUCCGAGUUCGAAGGAGAAGUUGAGAAACAUUCCAAAGGACAGACUCUGAUGGAUAUGGUGUGUGAGCAUCUUAACCUGCUGGAGAAGGACUACUUUGGUCUGACCUUUGCCGACACAGACAGCCAGAAGAACUGGUUGGACCCCUCCAAGGAGAUCAAGAAGCAGAUGCGCAAUGCUCCAUGGCACUUUGCCUUCUCUGUCAAGUUCUACCCUCCAGACCCCUCCCAGCUCACAGAGGAUAUUACCAGAUACUACCUGUGUCUGCAGCUGAGGGAUGACAUGCUGUCAGGUCGACUGCCAUGCUCGUUCGUCACUCACGCCCUCCUGGGCUCCUACACCGUUCAAGCCGAGUUGGGAGACUACGACCAAGACGACCACGGCUCCGACUACGUCAGCGAUUUCCGCUUUGCCCCCAAUCAGACUCGCGAGCUGGAGGAGAGGGUGAUGGAGCUCCAUCGAAACUACAAGGGGAUGACUCCUGCAGAGGCCGAGAUUAACUUCUUGGAGAAUGCGAAGAAAUUGUCCAUGUACGGGGUAGACCUGCAUCAUGCUAAGGAUUCUGAAGGGAUUGAAAUAAUGCUGGGCGUUUGUGCCAAUGGCCUGCUGAUUUACCGUGAUAGGCUGAGGAUCAACCGCUUUGCCUGGCCAAAGAUCCUCAAGAUUUCAUAUAAAAGGAGCAACUUCUACAUCAAGAUAAGACCUGGGGAGUAUGAACAGUUUGAAAGUACGAUUGGUUUUAAGCUUCCUAACCACAGAGCUGCCAAGAGGCUUUGGAAGGUCUGCAUCGAACAUCACACCUUCUUCCGCUUGGUUUCUCCAGAGCCUCCUCCGAAGGGCUUCUUGGUAAUGGGUUCAAAGUUUCGAUACAGCGGAAGAACUCAAGCACAGACCAGGCAGGCCAGCGCUCUCAUAGACCGGCCAGCUCCCCACUUUGAGCGCUCUACCAGCAAGAGGUACCUUCUGUCCAGGAGUUUGGAUGGAGCAGAGUUCUCACGGCCAAUGUCAGCCAUGUGUGAGAACCACGACGGCCUGUCCCAUCGCAGCAUCAGCGAACAUCGCCGCCUCCACAGCCCCUCUGUGGACGAGCAAGAGACGGAGCUGGAGCCCAGUUUGGAGCAGGAUGAAGAGGACAAGGACCAAGAGCAGAGCCAGGACAUGGAGCAAGACCACGAUGGCAAUGUGACUCCAAGCAAAAAGAAAGAGAUCAUGGAGGAGGCUGGGUCACCAGUUGACAGUAAACAGGAGCUCUCUCAGUUGGACCAGGAGGCCACUCCUCGGCACAAACAGGAGUUUCUGGAUAAGUCGCAGGACGUCUUGCUGAAGCACCAGGCCAGCAUCAAUGAGCUGAAGAGAGCCCUGAGGGAGCCCAACAGCAAGCUGAUGAACCGGGAGAAGCGUCUGUCAGCCACCUCUCCAACUGGCACACCAGAGAAGAAGGCUUUGGUGGGCCGAGCAGUGGGAAAGGACCCUGUUAACAGCCUGUCUGUUGAGGGUUUCGUCCAGAAGACUCUGGUGACUUCACCUGAGGGCUCUGAGGAGUGGGUAUUGAUUGAAAAACAAGAACCUUAUCAACAAGACCAUGACUGGAAGGCAGAAGAAAAGAACAAAUGUCUCACGUCUGAUUCCUCAUGGGAGAAAAAGGAGCUGGAAAAAGAGAUAGACAUAACCAAGAUGAUACAUAAAGAGGUAACAGGGUAUGACAGGAAAGAAACGAAAAGCCAUAUUGAUGAAUUUCCAUCAACAAAAUCGUUCAGAGAGGCAGACGUAUGCUCUGAGCCUUCGCGUUUUGUGAUUCAAUUAUCUGAGAAUGCAGACUCGUUUCAAGACAAAUCUCUAAGUAAGCCAUCUCAAGCCUCAGACCCUGAGGCGAACAAUGAUGUGGCCCCAGGCUCACGCCAGAUAAAGGAACGCACCGCUUCAAAACCAAGGAAAAAGAGGAGACCCCAGAGCUUAAACCUGGGGAUGCCUGCAGAGCUCAUCUACAGGAAAGGUGGCAGCGAUUCUACCGGGGAAGAAAAUGAGGGCUCAGACUCGGACAACAGUCCAGAAAAAAUGUCCAAAAGAGGAAAUCAUUGUGAAUCGCCCCCAGCGGUGAUGAUGAAAGAUGAUCAGGGAUUAGGAAAGGAUCAGUCUGUCAGGGUCUGUAAAGACAGCAAACAAGACGAUAUAUCGGUUGCAGAAAGCAGGGAUGUCUCCACUCAAGGAGCAGAACAGGUAAAGAAGAAAGUGAGCCAGGGUGGGACAGCAGAUAUUGAUUCAGGCUCAGUGAACGGACCUGGAAAGAUAGAGCAUGAUAGUUCAUUAUCAGGUGUUAAAGGAGAGUGUGCGAUAAAGGUGCGAGGGAAGAGUCUUAUUGACAACAAAGAGCUAGCGGAGGUGAAACUCCGACAGGUCAGGACACAUGAGAGAAAGAUCAGUAGCUCUGGAGGAGAAGAUGUUGAGGGUUUCCUGGGUGACAGAGGCCAGAGGACGUCCUUCCACCGACUGUCAGGAAGCAGCUAUCAGUCGGAAAUCACCAGGAUUGUUCCUCUCAAGCCAGAGCGGUCAAAGAGCAUAGCAUGUAAGGAUGAAAGGGACUGGACGGGACAGGACGAGCCCACACGAGUCAGAAGAGAAUACCGCUGGUCGGUCGGCUCUCCAGAGGAAUCCUCAGACCUCAACUGGACCGACGUCUCCACCUUCCAUCCAGCAUUCGCGGCAGAUCUGAUAGGUAAAACAGACAAUCCAGAUGAUAGCUUUCAGUCUGGUAGAGGAUCUACAGAGACGCAGCUAUUUGGCUCAAAGAUUUCAGCGCUUCCCAAAAUGGCUCCUCCAGCCCCGCCGGUGAAAACACAGAAGGCCAGGGAGUCUGGACUAAUACUGCGGAACAGCCGAAAUGCCGGCAGGGAGCCGAUCCUGGAUGCUGCCAAGAAGAGACACUCGGAGCCUGUCUCCACUCCUGCCAUCUACGAAGAGCCGUUUGCUGAUUUCAAGAAGGAGCUCGGAGAGAGGAGGCCUCAGCCGAGUGUAGCCUCGGAGGAGGAGCAGGAGAAAGACACGGUGGCCGGCAUGAGGGAAACUCACCUGGGCAUCGAGCGCAAGUGCUCCAGCAUGACGGUGAGCUCCACGUCCAGCUUGGAGGCCGAGGUCGACUUCACUGUCAUCACGGAUCUCCACUCCGGCAUGGAGGACUUCUCUAAGGGCAUGUCAGAGCUGGGAGUGAGGGAGCGACAGCCAGACGUGGGCCGGGAGGACUUUGAGGAAACCUCCAAGUUCUACUCUGCACGUCUAAUGGGCUCCCGCGACAAAUCUCCAAUAGAGGAGAAGUUUCCCGAGGAGGCAACGCAUCAUGAGCCUCCCGUGGCAAAGAAAGACCCCAGCGCUGUGAGUGUCGCCCACAAGCUGAAGAGGGCCGAUACCAAGACGGAGACGCACACAAACGGAUCAGAAGUCCACCCCAACAACAUGAAUGUCUCACCACAGAACUAUGGAGCCAUCAGCCCACAGGAGGCUCCUGCUGCCCUUAAAGAAAAUGGCUCCCCUGUAAAAGCCAGCACCCAGGGGAGGGAGUCUGUUGUGUCCCCACUGACCAUCACAGCUGAAAGCGUCACCUCAGCAACCACAACACAAGUUACCAAGACUGUGAAAGGAGGCUACUCAGAGACCAGAAUUGAGAAAAGGAUUAUAAUCACAGGAGACGACGAUGUGGAUCAACAUCAGGCGCUCGCCAUGGCGAUCCAAGAGGCCAAACAGCAGCAUCCCGACAUGCUGGUGACAAAAGCAGUGGUUAUCAGGGAAACAGAGUCUCCCACUGAGGAGAUGCAGCAGAAAACAGAGUCCUGAUUGGACAUGGUGGCUCCUGAGACAGGGGGACAGGAGAGGAUCCUCCAGCCGUGUGCCUCCUUUCCGCCCUGCAGUACGCCACCAACCUUUAAGAGGACUCUGUACCCCACUGUGUACACACCGACACGAGAACAGACUGCGUUCCAUAAAGCAGUAGACCUCCACUCCUGUCCCUUUAGACGAACCAACUGUGACUCGGCCUCUAACCCGACCCGGCCUCCCGUCCUGUCCCAGCCCAUCCCAGCCAAGCCCUCCACCAUCUUAUGGAAAGAACAUCUUCUAUUGGACCAUUGAACACUUUUUCAAACUUCAUUAUUUAAUGUUUUGGCUCAUCUGAACCAAUGAGUUCCCUCCCUCCCACAUAAAAAUUCCUACUUUCUAUUUAAAGGUCUCGCACAUCUGCCCUGUGCUACUGUCAUAUAUGACAUGAUAAUAUAAGAGUGUAGGAGGGUUGGCGGAAAGUGUGGGGACAAUGCUGAUGUAUGGGUGGGUUGGGGAGGUGCCAAGUGGCAAGGGGCAGCGUUUUUGCUUGUUGUUGCCACCUCCUCGCCCUGACACCUUCAGUAUAAUCAACUGCUGUCUUAUUAGCUUUUUACAUUUUUAUCUAUAGAGGAUCUAAUUUAUGUUCAGUGUUUGCUUGUUUAUGAAAUAUGUAUAAUAUCAGAUGAUUAUAAUCUGCAUGAUUCAAUUAAAAAACAGCAGAGGGAAUGAAAAAAAAAAUAUUACAUGGACAUGUCCACAUUUGAAACCCAUGAGAAGCUCUGUGAUGAUGGGACUGAGCGCCAAUUGAGAAAGUGUAAAAAACACUGAGCCAAUAAGCAGUGGACUAAUACCGAUGCUGACAGACUGUACUGAAGAGUAUAAAGACACUAUAGUGGACAACUGGAACUGGUCUCAGUCUCCAAUAUACAAACAUCAGUGUCCUCGUCCCACUUCACUGUUCCUGUUUCAUUUUGAUGUCAGCUCGCCACCAACAUAAACAGAUGCUGGUCACACAUUUUGGGCACAGUUUUAGGAUUUAUAGAGAAAUUUUAAUAUAAAUAAUGUUUCACAAAUGUGAUGAUAUGUUUUUACUUUUUUCUUACUUGACUUUACUGACUUCCAUCAUGAAACAGUUUAUUUGGUUUUCUUGUGUUUUUGAACAUUUCAGUCGUCAUGUGUGAACAUCCUGUAACCUGGUUCUUUACUCUGUCAUAUUUCACAGGGAUCUGACAAAGAUAAUCAGAUGGAUUUCACUCAAAACUAGGAACUAGUUUGCCAGAUUGUGAGGCUGUGAAAAGAUGCAAAAUGUGGGCCUGUAAUAGAUCUAUAUCUGCAUCACAACCCGUCCUUGGAGACCCUAUAAUUUUCUUUUUAGGCCAUGUGGGGGCAGUACAACAGAUGGUAAACACAACAUUAAGCUAUUAUCACCUCUUAAAGUUUUGAUAUGGUUAGUGUGUUCGCAUUUAUUUAAAUAUCUGGCCAAUAUGGAGCACAAGUGAUUUGAAAUAGGCAUGUCUUUAUCAAGUUUUCUGCUCCUGAUUCAAACUAGAUCAUAUAACAUUUAGUAUCUGAAUAUAUGGAGUCCAAAAACCAAUACCAUUUUCCUAGAUACAAACAUUGGUUGUAUCUAGCAUGUUGUAGAUUAGCUGUAGUACAUGUUUGGGCAGCUGGAGCAUGUUGGUGUUUAUUACUGUAGCAACCAGAGGAGACAGACAGAAAAACAUUGUAGGGGUUUAGGUAGUCAAGGGGCACCAUGACAAAGACUGCUGUGUGUCUUAGUACAGCAAAAGUUGGGAAAGCAAAAGAAGAGGGAAAGAUGUGAUUGUGAAACUUUUAUGUGUGUUAGCUGCAAACGUCUUUAUUAUGGUAACUUUAUGUGCAGUUUGGUACUGAGCAAGUAGCACACAGGAGGUUUAUCUUGAUUUUUUUUUUCUUGCUGAAAACCGCUAACUGCGGUUGGAAACAAGGCAGAUUGGAGUUGGAAGAAUGAAAUAAAAUGGAGCAGUUAAACCAAGACAGUCAGGUGAAAGAGGCUAACAUGCUAAAGAAAGUGCAGAGUUGGUUGAUAAUUUGUGACUGUGAACAACAUCUGUCACGCUACACACAGUCAUUUGUCAUAUAAAAAUAUUCCAAGUACACAUCAGAGUCUAUGUUUACCAGAGGUUCCAGUUUUGAUGCAUGUUUACACACUGCCUGAAAGGUUCAAAACCACAAGAUUAGCCUGGUUACUUUAUUUGUUUUCUGUGGGAUUAACCCUGUUAAAUUAUGCUGUAUGAGUUUGUACUUAUAUUUAUAGGAGUGGUGAAUGUGAACGCCUCCCUGUUUCCCCUUAGACAGAGCCGAGACCACAUUGUGUGACAAACAUGAAGCACCAUCCAUCCACAGAGCGUGUUGGCUGUCACAUAUAUUAAUAUAUCCUGGGUGACCUUUAAUACUAUACUAUGCAUCACUUGUCAAACAUAAGAGUCCCUCUGAUGGAGCCUGACCCAUGUUAGCCGUGUUACCGUCAUUGUUAACUUUGUGCUACCGUUAACCAAAGCAGUGAAGCGCACUGCUUGUGAGAUUUGCAAUAAGCAGCCAUUAUUCUUACCCUCUGUCCUCUAAAGGGAGAAAACUGUGAACUCUCAUGUGUAACCAAAACAUACAAAAUAAGAGUUUUAGAAUGAUAUUCGAAGGAGCUUUUCCAACACUUGUGACCAUGGCUUUGUCGCCCUCGUUGUCUAAAUCCCCCCCUCUUCGACUUGAACCUGUCGACCUGCUGUUGAUGUGUCUGUGGAAACAAGAGAUUCACAAACUGAUGAUUUGUAUAUUCUAUUUUGCUCUAUUUUGUUUUAUCUGGUCAUGUGACACUGGACUGUUGUGAAGGCACUUGCUUUGCAAUGAUGGCAGCACAUGUACUGUAAACUGCUGGGAAAAACAACCUGUCUGCUGUAGAAUAGGACCCACUACUGAUGGAAGGUGACGUCUGUCGAGAUCAGGAGAGAAGCUUUGUACUGCGGGUGAAGUGGUGAGUUGAAGGACGGAGGGCCUGUAUUUAUAUAUAAAUAUCCAUAUUUCUGUGUAUUAUCCUGUACACUAUGUAGAGACUGUCAGGAGCAGAGAUGAGUUUUUAGGUUUAAGGGACGAGGCAGUAAGUGGAAUCCGAAGGACAGAGGUGCAAUAGAAACGUCACAUGAAUGGGUGCCUUAUGUUUGGAGUCACGGUUAUGGGAGCAAGGAGCCGCAGUUAUCAGAGCUCAGCUGAAAGUGCUCUUAAUCACCACAAGGCAGAUGGAGAAUCAACCUCUCCUCUCCACGCGAGGUGAGGAGGAGCUGUCUUGAAAAGUGAAUUACUGUCUUGUAAAAGAAUAUGACAUUGAAAGCAGCGGAUAAACGAAGCCCCUUUGAAUCUGGACGGUGAGUCCUCAGCAAGAUGAAAAUAUUUAUUGGCCCCAUUAACUUAAGAAAAACCAGCACAGUGCAGAUCAUGUAUAUGAGGAUUUUUCUCUGUGAAGACCAUCAAACCGCUCUGCUGUUUAGCCUCCACCUUCAAUUCACCACUGCCUUUUGCUCUACAUUCCCCUCGUGCUUGGUGGUGUGCAUUUGCUGUAUUUGCAUUCAGUCUAAAUGGAAAACAUACCUGCAUAAAUAAAUGUCUCAGUAUGAUUCAAA